GUUAACAUGUUUUGUUGUUGGUUUUCAAAUUCUAGUUACAACAUGUUUUGUUGUUGUUUUACAUACAUGCAAAAAUAUAAAGUUUCCUAUAUUGUUAUUUGUGUGUGUGUGUGUGUGUGUGGGGAAGUUCUGAGUUUAGUUUUCAAACCCUUUGUUGUUGUUGUUGAUGAUGAGUUUUAUUCCUUACCAAGAGUUUGUAGAAUAUUUGUCAUUCUUUAAACAAAACUAAUAUAUCUACCAUGAUUUAUAUAGAAUAUAUUAGGUGUCUUCGUUUUCAUUGACCGGUGUAUAUAUAUAAUAUUACUGCAAGCACACAAAUGCAUGCACCUAGAAGGCUAAUCGUUACUAAUUCAUUCCUAGUAAUCCCAUUUUUUUCAUUAUUGAACUUGGAACAAGAUAAAGUAUUUUUGGAUGAUGACUUUACAUAGAAAAAGACAUUAAACUUUUAAUAUCUGAAUUUAUUUGUAAAGACAAUUGAAAGGUGAUGUUCCCAACAUGGCUUACCUAAAAUUGAUUGUCCUCUCUGUACCGAUGUUCCACUCCAUUGAGCCUUGAAAGUUUCUAUACUAACAAAAUCAGCAUUUAUAACAUGCUCCAUUUUUCUUUCUAAAUGACAACCCAUAAGCUUCCGGUUUGAGUGAGUCAUCGUAUUAGUGUAGGCUUUAAUUGCCUAUUUUGCAAAUGUAAAACCACGAACAAGAGUUGUACACAAUUUCCCUUUCUUUGUUAUUGGGCUGUAGAGGGAAGUAGCCCAAUUACUAAAUCAAUAUAUUGGUUUCAUAUUUGGGCCACAGAAUAAAUGAUUUAGGCCCAAUAAACCUACAAUCUCCCAUACACAGUUUCGCUUUCUUUCACUGAACAAUCCAAGCAAAACUUCGACGGGGUUUUUCAGCUUUUCCGGUGAUCUCCAUGGCACCUCGAGACUACCUAUGUGCUCUCGUAACCUUUCUGCCUUUUCCUUUCUCCGAUCUCGAUUCAGAAACACAUCCCGAGAUGCAGUUGGAACUCCGGCGAAUCUUUGCAGUCCACAGCGAUUCCGUCCGGCGAAAUUCAAGUCGAGUCCGUCUCCGCCGAAGAUGAAUCGCUAAAUCGUUUUCCAAUUGCAAGAGCUUCUGAACGAGAACAUCUCGAUCGCAAUAUGAUUGAUCACACGGAUCUUCUCAGCUUUGAUCUGAUUCUACUGCGUUUGUUUCUGAAAAGAGUAGAAGAGAAUCAAAUGUUCUUCAGCUUCUCUCCUUCCUCUUCUCAGCUAUUCUAAUGAUUCCAGGUUCUGCGGUCUGAGAGUACUAACUUGCCAAGAAGAAGAGGUUCAAAGCAAGUAUGGGUGAUUCCAGUGGACAAACUCGGGAGCGAUGGAGCUACGAUGUGUUCUUAAGUUUCCGUGGACCAGAUGUGCGCAACGGUUUCUUAAGCCAUCUCUACCAGAGUCUAGUGACAUCUGGUAUAUACACGUUCAAGGACGAUGAAGAACUAGAAAAAGGAGAAAGCAUAUCCCCGGAGCUGAGGAAGGCCAUUGAAAACUCCAAAAUUCACCUUGUUGUUUUAUCCGAGAGCUAUGCUUCAUCAUCGUGGUGCCUUGAUGAGCUCGUGCACAUGAUGCGGCGCUUGAAAAACAACCCCGGACACCUGGUUUUCCCAGUUUUCUACAAAAUUGAGCCGUCGCAUGUACGCAGACAAAGUGGACCAUUUGGUGAAUCCUUUCAUAAACACCGUAGCCGUCAUCGAGAGAGCAAGUUGAAGCAGUGGAGGAAAGCUUUGACCAGUAUUGCAAAUUUGAAAGGGUAUCACAGUAGUAAUGGGGAUAAUGAUGCAGAAUUGGUCGACCAAUUGACUAGAGACAUUCUCCGAGUGUUGCCUAGUUCAUACUUGCAUUUACCAACAUAUGCCGUUGGUAUUAGACCACGUGUAGGUCGUAUCAAAGAGCUAAUGUGCUUUGGUUUGGAUGAUGUUCAGAUUAUUGGAAUCUGGGGAAUGGCUGGGAUUGAAACAACCUUAGCCAAGGCUGCAUUUAACGAGUUCUCACAUCGUUUUGAAGGAAGAAGUUUCCUAGAAAACUUUAGAGAUUACUUCAAGAGACCUGAUGGGAAGCUUCAUCUUCAGAAGAAGCUUCUUUCGGAUAUCUUAAGAAAGGAUGAAGCUGCGUUCAACAACAUGGAUCAUGCGGUGAAACAAAGAUUUCGCAACAAAAGGGUACUUGUUGUAAUUGAUGAUGUUGAAGACAUAGUUCAGCUUCAUUCUGUCGGAAUAUAUUUGAGCUGUUUUGGUCCAGGAAGCAGGAUAAUCAUUACAACCAGGAACAAGCAUCUGUUAGAGCAGCUGACGCCCAAGGAACUUAACGCUGAUGAAGCUCUUGAUCUUGUAAGCUGGCAUGCCUUUAGAAGCAGUGAACCUCCUGAAGAGUUUCUCCAGUUCCCGAAAAGAUUGGUUGAAUACUGUGGAGGACUACCCUUGGCUAUGGAAGUCUUGGGUGCUUUUCUCUACAAAAGAAGCGUUUCGGAGUGGAAAAGCACGUUGAAAGCGUUGAAAAGAAUACCGGAUGAUAACAUUCAAGCAAAGCUUCAGAUCAGCUUUGAUGCGCUAAACGCAUUACAGAAAGACAUAUUCUUGGAUAUUUCUUGCUUCUUCAUUGGGAUGGAUAAAGACUAUGUAGAUUGCAUCUUGGAUGGAUGCGAAUUAGAGCCUGUCGCAGGACUCAAGGUGUUAAAGGAGAGGUGUCUCAUUACGAUCCAUGAUAACAGGCUGAUGAUGCAUGACUUACUACGAGACAUGGGAAGAUAUAUUGUCCAAGGAACAUCCAAGAAACAUGUGAAGAACCGUGUGAAAUGGAGUAGAUUGUGGGACCGGGUUCAUGUUAUAGAUGUAUUGGAAAAUUACUCCGGAACAGAUGCAAAUCAUCCAAAUCAUGCAAUUGAAGGACUCAGCUUGAAGGCUGAAGUUACGGCUGUUGAGAACUUGGAGGUUAAAGCGUUUUCAAAUCUACGUAGGCUGAGACUGUUACAGCUCAGUCAUGUAGUACUCAACGGAAGCUAUGAAAACUUUCCAAAAGGUUUACGAUGGCUUUGUUGGCUUGGGUUUCCUGAGGAAUCUAUCCCCAUAAACUUACAUUUGAGAAGUUUAGUUGUCAUGGACAUGCAGAACAGCAACCUUAAACGGCUUUGGGAUCAAAAGCCUCAUGAUUCCCUUAAGGAGUUAAAGUACCUAGACCUCAGUCACUCUAUCCAGCUUACAGAGACUCCAGACUUCUCUUAUCUCCCAAACCUUGAGAAGCUCUUCUUGAUAAACUGUCAAAGAUUGGCUAAAGUUCACGAGUCCAUAAAGGUUCUUCAAGGAAGCCUGAUUCUAUUAAAUCUGAGUGGUUGCAUCAAGCUUGGUGAACUCCCGUUGGAACUCUAUACGUUGAAGUUGCUAGAAACCCUCAUUCUCUCCGGAUGCUCGCAACUUGAGAGAUUGGAUGAUGCUUUAGGUGAACUAGAGUCCUUGACAAUUCUCAAAGCUGAUUAUACUGCUAUAACGCAAAUCCCUUCCUCGAGUGAUCAACUGAAAGAGUUAUCUCUUCAUGGCUGCAAGGAGUUAUGGAAGGACAGACAGUACACCAACUCUGAUGAAAGCUCUCAAGUGGCUCUGUUAAGCCCGCUCUCAUUAAACGGUUUAAUCUGCUUAAGGACUUUGCGUUUAGGUUACUGCAAUCUAUCGGAUGAGUUGGUUCCUGUAAAUCUUGGGAGUUUGUCUUCCCUUGAGGAACUUGACCUUCAAGGCAACAACUUUCGUAACUUGCAAACCGAUUUUGCUGGUCUUCCAAGUCUACAGAUUCUUAAAUUGGAUAAUUGCUCAGAACUUCGAUCCAUGUUUAGUUUACCAAAGAAGUUGAGGUCUUUAUACGCGAGAAACUGUACUGUGUUGGAAAGAACUCCAGACUUAAAAGAAUGCUCUGUGUUGCAAUCACUGCACCUCACAAAUUGUUACAAUCUCGUUGAGACCCCAGGGCUGGAGGAACUGAAAACGGUUGGAGUCAUCCACAUGGAAAUGUGCAACAAUGUACCUUAUUCUGACAGAGAAAGAAUCAUGCAGGGAUGGGCUGUUGGUGCCAAUGGGGGAGUUUUUGUCCCGGGGUCGACCAUUCCAGACUGGGUCAAUUUCAAGAAUGGGACACGCUCAAUCUCUUUUACUGUCCCUGAACCAACUUUGAAUUCUGUUCUGGUCGGGUUUACCGUGUGGACAACAUACGUGAGUCAACAAGAUGAUGUGAUGUCUGCAUACAUUCCAAAGAUCACAUUGAAGAAUCAAACCAAGGUAGAUGUGUGGAGCCGCAAUCCAGCAACAGAUCUCAUUCGUAUGUACCGUGAAAAACACAUCUGGCAAGGGCACUUUUCAAAUGAAGAUUUCGUGUUAGAAACAGGGGAUGAAGUGGAAGUUUCUGUGGAUUUUGGAGAUAAAGUCGCCAUUCUUGAGACAGGACUAACUCUUGCUUACAGAGAAGUCCCUGAAGUCCCAAAUGAACAACUAACUGAAAUAGAUGAUGACGUUGAUGAUGAACUAGUCAUACAUGAAAGCCAAAGAAGACCUCCCAGGAAAAUGGGAAUGGGUUUAAAGACAGUUCUGGGGGCAUUUGGUUUGUUGGCAUUCAUUGUUGUACUUGGUAAACAUGCUAGACCCCUUCGCCGUCACAACCAUCUCCGCAGGAAUACAGCUGAAAAGGAUAAGGAGGAAGAUGCUACACUCCACCUUUUCUCUUUUUUAGAUUGCUAGGUUUCAGAACGGUUUCUUGAUCUAGCUAUUGAUUCCAGAUUUGAUGGUUCUGAGUCUUAAUAGACCGCUCGCUGGUGUUAUUCCAAGAUGGUUUGGACAGUGCAUGGAAGCAGAAUGGACAUUACAACAAGAAACAUGCACUUGUUUAUUAAAGCAGCUUGAGUGGGAGAAAACAUCUACUCACAGAAGGGAUUUGUUGGUAAUGAAUCUCUCUUCAGUUCUUUCACAUUUAGACAACAAACUAUUGUAGCAGAUUUUUACAGUUUUUACCUUAAGGUUUACUUGUGAAAUUGAUUAUCUACAUUUUACCUUUAAAUGAUCCUCCAUGAAUACUAA